AAUCAUGGCUGACGACGAGACAGCAGUUCCACUUGAGGAAGCUAUAAACUUCGCUGCCCAGGGUUGUAUGAGCGAGGUAGAAGCUUAUGCUGAUUGCGUAUCAAAGAAUAGGAGAACUUGGUAUAAAGAAUGCAAGGAACAUAAAUUUAAUCUGAACAAGUGUACCGCUGAAAGCCCCAUUAUCGUUACAAUCAAACGUGAAUGCUCUGCAGGGUAUAACCUCUGCUUACGCGACAAUCCAACAAAUCCGUAUGCUUGCAAUAAAGAGCUGCGUGCCUUUGCUAAAUGUGCUAAAGAUAUUUUAGAAAAAGCUACGGCUGAAGGACAAUAGUUGCACUAUUGAAAGUGCUAGGGAAUAAUUGAUUUC